AUGACUGCUACUCAAAAGAUCUCNNNNAUACCUAGGAACGAAGGAUGUGGGACAGAAUGCUCAGUGCACACCUCUUGUCGUCGUUUCCUUAGGUUUCCUGUAAGUGUAUUUGGUCCCACGACUUGGACUACUUACAAGGAGCUUUCUACCAAUUAUCAUGCAUUCGGUGCCUAUCUACGUUAUAUUGGUAACAAACCACAAAUCCAUACUAAAGACUUUGAUAAUGAUCUCCUUGGUGAGUAUUCAAUUGUUAUAUUCGAGGACACAUGUGAUAUGUGGAUUACUGCUGCUCUUGGGGCAUGGACUCAGGAUAUGCUCGUUACUACUGUUUAUGGUACUCUUGGUCCCGAUGCUGUAGUACAGGCUGUACAAGAAGGUCAGAGGACUACUCUACUUUGUAACAGGAAGAAUGUACAUAAGAUUAUUGCUCGACGUAGUGAAAUGCCCUCUCUUAAAUAUAUUAUAUACACCGAUCUCAAUGUGGAUCCUAAAGAGGCCAAACAAGAAGUCUUCAGUGCCGAACAGGAGGAGAAGGGUAUCAAAGUUAUUCCAUACGCUAAAGCAUUGUCGAUUGGUAAAGAAUGUGUUGAUAAUAGUGAUAUAAAAGAAGAAGCUACUGCAGAUUCAGUAGCAGUUAUUAUGUAUACUAGUGGUACUACUGGUAAACCUAAAGGUGUUGUAAUGCCUCAUUCGAGUGUAUUAUUUACCAUUGGUUCAGUAAUACCAAUAUGUAUUGCUGCUAUGCCACCACACUUCUCACAUGUUGCAUAUCUACCUUUAUCACAUAUCUUUGAGCUUGCUAUACAUAUUGGUGUACUAUCUCUUGGAGGUAAUAUUGGUUAUGCUGAUCCACGAACAUUAUCUAAUACUGGUGCUCGUCCUACUGGUGCUUUACAGGAAUUCAAACCACAUCUUAUUAUGGGUGUACCCAAAGUGUAUGAGGUUAUAAUGAAGGGUGCGAAGGCAGAGGUUGCCAAGCUACCUGCUGCUAAACAACAACUUGUUAAUGCUGCAUUUGAAUGGAAAUUAUCAGCACUCAAUGCUGGUCGUUAUACACCUAUAUUUGAUAAACUCAUAUUUAAGAAGAUAGAAGAUAUGAUUGGUGGUAGAGUUAAUGGUAUACUAUCCGGUGGAGGUCCUCUAGCUUCUCAUAUUCAAGAUUGGAUACGUACAGCAUUUGGUUGUUAUGUUGUACAAGGUUAUGCUCUCACUGAGACAUGUGCUGGAGCAUCCUUCUCACUACUUGGUGAUACUCGUGUAUUCAAUGUUGGACCACCUAUACCUGGUGUUGAGAUUAUGUUAAGAUCAUGCUAUGAUGAUGAGAAGGAUGAGGCAGAGAUCCUUGAUAGUAAUGGACAACCCUAUCUUAGUAAAGAUCGAGUAAAUGCUGAUGGUGAACCUUGUCUUGGUCGUGGUGAAGUUAUGAUACGUGGUCCUUCUGUGAGCUAUGGUUACUUCCGUUUACCAGAUAAGACUAAAGAAUCCUUCCUACCUAAUGGAUGGUUUAAGACUGGUGAUAUUGGUGAAUGGUUACCUGAUGGAACUCUAAGGAUUAUUGAUAGGAUUAAGAACCUUGUGAAACUAAAAGGAGGAGAAUACAUUGCAUUGGAGAAUAUGGAAAUGGUAUAUUCAGAUUCACCAUACAUAGAUGCCUUAGCUGGUGGCCUUAUGGUAUAUGGUGAUGGUACGAUGGAUCGUCCAGUUGCCAUAGUACAGGUUAGGGAAAAGGCUAUUAUCAAAUGGGCUAAGGAUAACAAUAUACAAUAUAAGGAUGUUCAGGAUCUUAUUAGGAAGAAGGAAGCUAAUGAAGAGGUCCUGAGGUCUCUCCUUGAGUGUCAUAAAGAAGGUCAUCUAAUGCCUAUUGAGAAGCUUAUAGCCAUUGAGUUGAUUAUAGACCCUUGGACUUGUGAUAAUAAGUGUCUUACUGCUACUAAUAAGAUAUCAAGAAAGGGUAUUGCUAAGAGGGAUAAAGAGUUGCUUGAAAAACUCAAGCCCCUUGGGCAAAAGUGAUAUUUAUUCAUUAUUAUGUUUACCACAAUACCCUGAAUGUUUCUC